AUGUUGUCCAAUCGUGCUGCACACCUGUCGUCGCGGGUGGUCAGGAAGGCCCUUCUGCCAGGACAACGACAGGGUGCCCUGACAGCUGUACGUCGACGAGACAAUAUAUCUGUCCGCUCUAUCCAGUCAGUCAUUCAAACCGACCGUGAUACAAUUACCCGUCUUCUCUAUUCACUAGGUUCGAAGCGUGAGGUGGAGCGUCACCUUCGCAUCUUCUCCUCUGCCUCCAACCCGGUCCAACCUGCCAAAUUCGCUGUCAUCAAGGUCGGAGGAGCCGUCCUGGACAAUAUUGAUGACCUUGCCCAUUCUCUCUCAUUUCUCUAUCGAGUUGGCCUCUACCCCGUGGUCCUGCAUGGUGCGGGGCCACAGAUGAACGAUAUCCUUGAAGCAGAAGGCGUAGAGCCUGAUUAUAUAGACGGCAUCAGGGUUACUGACGCUAACACCCUCCAAAUUGCCCGUCGUGUCUUCCUCGAAGAGAAUCUUAAGCUCGUCGGGGCCCUUGAAAAGUUGGGCACCCGUGCUCGUCCAAUUACGUCCGGCGUCUUCACUGCCGACUACCUCGAUCGUCCUCGCUAUGGUCUGGUUGGUCGCAUCACGCGUGUUGACAAGCGCCCGAUCGAAGCCUCCAUUCGUGCCGGCGCCCUUCCCAUCCUAACCAGCUUGGCUGAGACACCAGAGGGCCAGAUUCUCAAUGUCAACGCGGACGUCGCCGCUGGGGAGCUGUCCAAAGAGCUUGAGCCGCUGAAGAUUGUCUUCCUCAAUGAAAAGGGCGGCCUUUUCCAUGGCGUCACUGGAGAGAAACUCGAUGUGAUCAAUCUGGACGAGGAAUACGAUCAAUUAAUGAAAGAACCCUGGGUCAAGUUCGGCACGAAGCUCAAGUUGCGGGAGUUCAAGGAGCUCUUGGAACAUCUACCCCGUUCCUCGUCUGUUGCGGUCAUAUCCGCCGCCAACCUCCAGCGCGAACUUUUUACGGAUUCAGGCGCUGGUACUCUUAUUCGUCGUGGCUAUCGUUUAACGAAGUACGAUACCCUUGCGAGCAUUGGUCCUGACCGCUUCCGUCAAGUCGUGCACGAACGUGAUCCAGAUGUGUGUGCAGGGACGGCUAGUGUCGCAGGUAUCCUGGCAGAACUUGAACGUGCCCCGUUCACGAUCUACGCCGACGAACCCCUUGAUUCCGUUGCCGUCGUGUCACACCCUGAGGGGGAGAUACCUGUACUUACCCGCCUCCUCCCAUCUCGCGCUGGGGUGCUGAACGGUGUUCUGGACAAUGUUUGGAAUGCCGUACGCAAAGACCAUCGUAAGCUCUUCUGGACUGCCCCGAUCGAUGAUGAAAAUCGUGCCUGGCACUUUGAGCGUGCGGACGGGAGUUUCACGAGGGGCUCAAGGACCCUGUUCUGGUACGGCGUGACCGACGCGAGUGAGCUUGAUCAAGUAGUCCACUCUUUGGAACAAAAUAAACGCAUUCCUCGCUCUUAUCUUCCCGUGGGACCCUCGCGUGCAACCUCGUCUAAUGGUCUUGGUGGCUCACGGGCGUACUCGACGUCUGCUGGACGCACUCCCACGAGUACUCGAGGCUACGCUACUGCCGCGGCUCCCGUCCUACCCGUACAGCAUACCACGGAACGCAAACGCCUGGCACUUGUUGGUGCACGUGGGUACACUGGUCAGGCUCUCGUCUCGCUUCUUUCCUCUCACCCUUACCUGGAUUUGACGCACGUGUCUUCGCGCCAGCUUGCGGGCAGGGCUUUGGAGGGGUACACCAAAGGGUCUGUAACAUACAGCAACUUGGGAGUCAACGAUAUGGAGAAGAUGGAGAGUGAAGGGGAGGUGGAUGCAUGGGUAUUGGCACUGCCGAACGGUGCAGGUGCUCCUUUCGUCGCGGCGUUAAAUAACGGAGCCAAAGAAAAGGAACGAAAAGGAGGAAAGGCUGGUGUUGCGGUGGAUUUAAGUGCGGAUUGGAGGUUCGACGAUGGCUGGACGUAUGGCCUGCCUGAACUGUACAACCGUCCUGCUAUCCGUGAUGCUACACGUAUUGCCAACCCGGGCUGCUAUGCAACAACGAUCCAGCUCCUGAUUGCACCUUUACUCCCUUACCUCAAGCAUGGGUGUUGGCCAACUGUCUUUGGAGUUUCUGGAUAUAGCGGCGCAGGGACUGUUCCUUCACAAACGGCCGACGGGCAGCCAACGAGCCUACCUAAAAUUCCUGCUGAAAGCCUUGGUGGUGCCAUCCGACCGUAUUCGUUGACGGAUCAUGUGCACGAACGCGAAGCCGGGUGGCACCUAUCACGUCUCUUGCCUAACCCGAGUGCAGACAGCAAAGCCUCAGACAACAUGCAGGUUGCAUUCGUUCCUGUCGUUGCACCCUGGUUUAGCGGAAUCAUCUGUACCCUGUCGAUGCCUCUGGCUUCCAAGGCCACCGCUGCUGAUAUAAGGACUCUGUAUGAGGAGAAAUACAAAAACGAGCGCCUCGUGCGCGUGCAGGCUGCCGUACCUAGUCUGGCGGACAUCGCUGGGAAGCAGAGCGCUGUGAUCGGUGGAGUGCAGGUGCACAGUGGGGGAGAACGAGUGGUUAUAGUGGGCGGCUUGGAUAACUUGCUCAAGGGAGCCGCCACGCAAUGUCUGCAGAAUUUGAAUCUGGCGCUUGGAUACGAUGAAUAUGAAGGCAUCCCAGAUGAUCGUUAA